CGCUACCGGUUCGCAUCAUUCUGGUUUUUACAACUUAUACAGUUCAUACUUCACUGAUUCACUGUCUCUCCUCUCCGGCAAAACUCCCCUUUGCAUUUCGCUGAUAGGAAUACCGUCUUUCUCCUCACAUUGUUGGACAUUCUCCCGCGAUUUUCAGGUAGCCGUUUGUUACUGCUCAAUGUUGUGAAAUGACAUUGAAACCCCGGACUACCAUAAACAAUUAUCAUUCGGCCCUACUCAGGCAGCCAAUAAAACUCUAGUGAGAAGUAAAAUUUUCCAGUAAAAUGAAGAAAUCACCAUUACCUGUGCAAAACAUUUGUGGGACUCCGAAGAAUAUUUGUGGGAAGGAGGCUUUGGUCAAAAUCUUGAGAUGGCAUUUUGGGCAUUCUGAAUUUCGAGGCAAGCAGCUAGACGCCAUUGAAGCUGUAUUAUCAGGAAGGGAUUGUUUUUGUCUCAUGCCCACUGGAGGAGGAAAGUCAAUGUGUUAUCAGAUUCCUGCUCUGGCAAAACAUGGGAUCGUCCUUGUUGUUUGUCCGCUUAUAGCUUUGAUGGAAAACCAAGUGAAAGCCUUGAAGGAGAAGGGCAUUGGAGCUGAAUUUCUGUCCUCAACUCAAACAUCCACUGUUAAGGACAGGAUUUACGAGGACCUGAACUACGGAAAACCUUCCCUGAAGCUUCUGUACGUGACUCCGGAGUUGAUAGCAACAUCAGGUUUCAGCGCAAAGUUGUCAAAAAUUCAUGGCAGAGGGCUGUUGCAUUUGAUUGCCAUAGAUGAGGCACAUUGCAUUUCAUCGUGGGGCCAUGACUUCAGGCCAAGCUACCGGAAAUUAUCUUCUUUGAGAGACAUCCUUCCAGAUGUCCCAAUUUUGGCGUUGACCGCAACUGCUGCACCAAAGGUUCAGACUGAUGUGAUUCAAUCAUUAUGCUUGCGUAAUCCUCUAGUCCUAAAAUCAUCCUUCAAUCGCGCUAAUAUAUAUUAUGAAGUUCGAUAUAAAGAUCUUCUGGAUGAUACUUAUGCUGAUUUAUGCGGGGUAAUAAAAUCCCGUGGAGAUGUCUGUGGAAUUAUCUACUGCCUUGAAAGAUCGGCUUGUGAUACUCUGGCCGUCCACUUGUCAAGUAAUGGCAUAUCAUGCGCUGCUUACCAUGCAGGUUUGAACAAUAAAUUACGAAGCUCCGUCUUAGAUGAUUGGAUUUCUUCGAAGAUACAAGUAGUUGUUGCCACAGUUGCAUUUGGAAUGGGAAUAGAUAGAAAGGAUGUAAGAAUUGUCUGUCACUUCAAUAUCCCGAAGUCAAUGGAAGCAUUUUAUCAAGAGUCUGGUAGAGCUGGACGUGAUCAGUUGCCGUGUCAAAGUAUCUUAUAUUAUAGCAUUGAUGAUCGCAAGAGAAUGGAGUUUAUUUUGAAAAAUCCUCAAAGCAAGAAGUCAGAGUCCUCAAGCUUGGCAGAUGCAUCGUCGAAGAAGUCACUCGAUGAUUUUAGACAGAUGGUUGAGUACUGUGAAGGUUCUGAUUGCCGUAGGAAGAAAAUUCUUCAUUGCUUUGGGGAACAGGCCCCUGCAUCUCUCUGUAGAAAAACCUGUGACGCCUGCAAACAGCCAAGUUUAAUUGCCAAGUACCUGGAGCAGUUAAGUUCCUCUGCAGCUCGACAGAGAAACGUGUUGUCUCGAGUUGUUAUAAACAGUUCCUCAAACAUUGUUGAUGGAGAAAAGUAUAGCGAAUUUUGGAAUCGCAGUGGUGAUAAAUCUUGUGAUUCUGAGGAAGAAAUAUCUGAUUCUGAUGAUGACGAUGAAGUAUUGAAGAGCUCGAGCUGCUCAAGCUUGCCAUCAAAGUCUCGUUUAAGUGAAAAACUUGAUAUUUUGGAGCGAGCAGAAGAAAAGUAUUAUCAGAACCAAGGAUCUCAAAAAGAGACUAAUAGAAAAGACAAAAAUUUGAUAUCCGACGCAUUAAGAGAAUCAUGCAAGCAAAGACUGGCGAACGCUUUAAAGGAGACUCAACAGCGGCUUGGCAGGGUUAACAUUGAAUCAGCUGUCACCAUCCUUGAAAAUGAAUGCUACAAGAAAUGUGAAAAAGGCGGGAAAUCUUUUUACAUUUCACAGAUGGCUAGUACAGUAAGGUGGCUAUCAACUGCAAGUCUAACCGAUCUAACUACCAGGCUGCAAACCAACGUCCCAAAUAUGGGAAACUUGAAGCAAAAGAAGGAAGAAUCCAUUCCAGAGUCAUCAACUUCCUCCUCAAAUAACUCCAUUAAACCUAUGAAGGAAGAAGUUAUCCAUGAAAAAGCUAGAGUUCAUCCACCUGCAGCAGCUCAAACAUCAGAUAUCGCGGUUAAAAAAAUAGUGCUACCACCUGUUCCUUCAUUCUCUGAUUUUGUGAGGAGCACGAAAGUGAAAGGUGGUCAAGCCGUUCAUCAUUCUAACUCGAAAAGGAAUUCAGGUGAUGUUUCUGGUACUGCAGACAAGAGGAUGAGGUCGCAGUAGUCUUACAUUAAUUAGUAGUGGCAUUUCUCUUUGACAUUCUGUACUUUAUUUAACAUCUUUCUCAUCUCAUACUUGACAAUGUUGUCAUGUCGUAAAUCCAGUAGUAAUGGGAACUCUCUAGCAACAUUUUUAUUGACUUUA